AUGUCCGAUGAGGAGUACCUUUCCGACGAGGAGUGGAAGGACGAUGCUCCUACUUUCCUGUCUUUGAAAGAGGCCCAACAGAAGAGUCAAGACCUCGUCAAGAGUAUAUUCGGACACCAAACAUUCCUUCGAGGUAUUUUGGAGAGACACGAAGCUGAGAUCCGCAGGCUGUGGGACAAGAAACCAUUCGAAAAGAAGCGAGCGAUCCUACUUGGAGCGUUCAAAGAUAUACCGGCUAUUUCUCGCCCAGACCUGGAGUUAUGGCUUAAGAGGGAAGCUUGGCUUGAGAAAACCAUUGAUCCGAGCCAGGCGUACAUGUGGCCCCAACUUAACUCGCACGACCUCGUCAAGCAAAACAUGUUCCUUGUCUUCCUCAACUCACGUGGUCGACAUUUUCCACAUGAGUUUGUGGAUGCGGAUCUCGAGACCGUUCAGUUUGGCCAGCUUGCUGGGGCGAUUGCUCCAGUGUCUGUUAGUGGUUACGCUAUGACUCUUCACGGGGCAACAAAUUCGGAAACCUAUGGAAGACUGGUUCCUUGCGCUGAAAGCGAGGGGUUGAAACAAGCGAUAGUGGGUCUGGCCGGAGUUGACUCUGGCUACGGUCUAAAGGUAUUGGAAAUUCAAGAUCGUAUUUUGAAAUUCCUCAAAGACUGCUGCAAGAUCAUUCUCCAGCAUGUCAAGGAUCCGUUGUCUGCGGAUGUUGAAUCAGAACCUGUUACGCUAAAGGCUAUGGCGAAUGAGUACGCCUCGCUGCAUUCAACAGCGAGCGAAAUGCCAUAUUGCGUUCCGGCCCAGGUCAAUUUCGAUCAAGUACUGGGUUAUAUAUGCGCCGAGAAGGAUCAGAAAGAAGAGAUGAUCAUGACUUUGCGGGAAGAUCCCGAGGCCUUCGCCGACGCGUUGAAGGAAAACGGUGACCACCAGUACGAGUUUCAGGUUAACUCUUGGGGGGAACAAAAGGUUGUUCCUUUAGAGAAGAAAGGCGACCACUCCAAGUUCUGGAACAACGUAAUCCUGCGAACUCUUGACGGUGCCUACUCAAAAUUUGCGAUGUUUAGUCAGCUACUGCAGUGGACCAAGAAGUUGAGAGACGAGGCGCAGCAUCACAGUGACCUACAGUGGCCCAUGGUGCCAGUAAAUACCGAUUUGUCGAUUGCGUAUCAAUCGGUGCGAUAUAUUCUCGGCAAGAUCGAGUCUGGCAUGGGCCCCGCACUCGCAAUGUCGAUUGCCGUAUCGCCCACCUUGCGCGAUACUAUCGAAGUCACUUAUGAGGAGGAUCCGGAGGGUCGAAAGACUGCAAACGUGAUCAAAAACAGCAGCAAUCCCAAAAACCGUGCAACUCAACUGUUUGUUGAGCUUCUCCGUCUGUUGUUCGCAAAAGACGAGGUCCGCAUUCGGACCUUGCACGUGAUACUGAACGAUCUUGUUCAACUUACAGGCAAAGACGACAAUUUUAAAGAGCUUGUAUCACCUCGAGUCGGGGCUGAUCUAUCAACUCUGUUAGUAAUCGCAGAGUGCCAACGACAAUUGUACCAUUUUCGCCCUUGGACGUGGAUGGCCGAACGGGAAGUUACAACGGACGACCAUACUCGCGCAGCCUACGACGCCGCGUUUAUUCACGAUUGGACGAUGAACGCGGAAACUUGCAACAAUCUUUACGUAUUGGGCACACCUACCUACAAUCGUUUCAAUUGUCCGCCCGACCGACGACACACAGCGUUCAACGUGGACACUUUACGUACGGCCGAACGUCAACUCGACGAUUUCUGGGCAUUUGUAGAUCAGCAUGUCUUGAAACAACAAGGCAAGACGUAUCAAGAUCUGAUAGCUGACUAUCUGAGUAUCAAGCGCUCAAUACGCCGUACACCAGCUUGGACUGAGCCGACAGAUUCCAGCCGAUCGACUGAGCUUGUACCGUACGAAUACAUACCGAUCCUGACCACCAAGCACGAACAAGAAAACCAGAUCACAGGAGCCUUCGAUCGGAGCCUGGAUUUCACUCCUAGGUCGAAGGAGAAGCGACGACCUACAGCUGACCGCAGAGACGAACCUGAUGUUGGACUUGAGGAGGUUCCUGAACCCGCCAAUCCGACUGAGUUCAUCACAAUAGAUCGACGGACGCAUCAAAUCGUCGAAUCCCUGUUCUUUUCGCCUUUGAAUGAGAAACCUCCUGGGGAAGUACCGUGGAGCGAAUUUUUACGUGCAAUGUCCAAGAUCGGAUUCGCCGUGGAGAAGCUGGGCGGGUCGGCGUGGCAUUUCACGCCAGAUAAACAUCGUACUGGCAUGGACGAGCCGAUCAAUUUUCACGAUCCGCACAAGAGUAGGCUGCCAGCUACUUGGGCAAGGAAAAUCGGUCAUCGCCUCACAACGAAGUAUGGUUGGACCGCAGAGACUUUUGUUGUGGAAUAG